AUGUCGGGAGAACAACGACUCCUGCACCUGGAUACCAAGAAAUUAGUUAUCAUUAUUAGGCUCGCUGUCAAGUGGCCGCCUGAGGCGGUCCUGGUAACUCCCAUUCCCAGGGUCUUAAUAUCGAGCAUCGACGGAGCUGGCGAUGCGUCGAACUGGCUGAUGGCUGGACGCCUGGCCGACUUUGAUAAUGAUGUUGGUGUGAGUAACUAUUAUAUCGGUUCUCCAACCAAUGCAUUCCUCACUGCACGAACCCGAGCAGAAGACGUUCUCUAA